GAAGGUGAGGUCAGAUCUUUCCUGUGCCGCCAUUUCGGGUUUGGUGAGGUCGGGAUCGGUGGGAAGUGGCCGUGUGCUGCGCGAGUGACGGGCGGCGUCGGUGGGCGCCUAGAGCCGGGUGAAGGCAUACCGGGGAGCGACAACUGAGGGGGGGAGAAGAAAGGCCAUGGCCGGCAACUUCGACUCCGAGGACCGAGCGAGCUGGUACUGGGGGAGGCAGAACCGACAGGAGGCGGUGAACCUGCUGCAGGGUCAGCGGCACGGGGUCUUCCUGGUGCGGGACUCCACCACCAUCCCCGGGGACUACGUGCUGUCCGUCAGCGAGAACUCCAAAGUCUCCCAUUACAUCAUCAACAGCUCUGGAGCAGAGCCAGCUGUACCCGCCCCCUCCCCGUCUGUUCCGCCAGUCAGCAUUGGCCAAACCAGGUUUCGGAUAGGGGAUCAAGAGUUUGAGUCAUUACCUGCUCUACUGGAAUUUUAUAAGAUACAUUAUCUGGACACUACCACUUUAAUAGAACCUAUUUCCAAGUCUAAGCAGUCUGGACUUAUCCAGAAGCAAGAAGAAGCCGAAUAUGUAAGGGCUCUUUUUGACUUUAAUGGCAAUGAUGAUGAAGAUCUUCCAUUUAAGAAAGGAGACAUCCUGAGAAUCCGGGAGAAGCCUGAGGAGCAGUGGUGGAAUGCAGAGGACAGCGACGGAAGACGGGGCAUGAUACCUGUGCCUUAUGUGGAAAAGUACAAGCCUCCCCCAACUUCCGGGUCUGCUCUGAUUGGAGGUAACCAGGAAAAUUCGCACCCGCAGCCACUGGGUGGGCCGGAGCCAGGGCCUUAUGCCCAGCCCAGUGUCAACACUCCGCUGCCUAACCUCCAGAAUGGGCCCAUUUUUGCCAGGGUUAUCCAGAAGCGAGUCCCCAAUGCCUACGACAAGACAGCCUUGGCUUUGGAGGUUGGUGACCUAGUGAAAGUAACAAAGAUUAACGUGAGUGGUCAGUGGGAAGGAGAGUGUAAUGGAAAAUACGGUCACUUUCCAUUUACACAUGUACGUCUGCUGGAUCAACAGAACCCUGAUGAGGACUUCAGCUGAGUGUGACUUGGACCAGUUCCCAAAAUGCGAACAAUCUUGCUCUGUUUCCCUCUUUCUCCAUCUGCCAUUUAUAUUGCCUUCCACAGGUUUUCGAGAUGUGUAGCAUACUAAAAGUAGCAAAUGCCCCAGAACCCCUUCAGUUGUGAUCAGGCAGUUCCUCUGAGAUUUGGCAGAGUCAGGGUACAAGCUUGCAUUGUGUUUUUUGAAAGUAGGCAAUAAUGAAACAUCACAGCACGGCAAUACCACAUGCAGAUGCAGUGAACUGCACGGUUGCUUAUAGCAAGGCAUUUUAUUUGAACAAGAGACAUUUUUUACAGGGCUUUUGUUCUUUCUCAUUUUGUAUAGUUUCCAGACCAGCAUAAGCCUCAAAAUCUGACAUUGGACAUCACCGUUUUCUAAAACUGACUUUUAAUGUUUCCUUUUGUAAACACUGUACACCAAUUUAUUUGGUUAAAUUAUGCAAAUUAUGUUCAAGUCAGCUGUAAAUGAAAAUCAAAGAGCUGCUUUGCUUUUUCCAGUAUUAUUUCU